UUGAUUUAUUUAUCCGCCAAGUGCUGUAUUUUAUCAGGUCGUGUUUCUAGGUUCAGAGAAGGGGAGGCUCGCAUACUCGUGUCCACUUCUGUUGCCGAUGAAGGACUCGACGUCGUUAAAUGCAAUUUAGUCAUAAAGUAUAACUGUGCUACCAAUGAAAUCGCUCAUGUACAACGCAAAGGUUCUUAUCUUUUCUACUGUUGUGCCGUAAUAUUUUCCCUUUUCACACUUCUGUACAGGGAAUUCAAACUGUUUCUCAGCGAUUAUUUUUCACUGAUUGAAUUGAGGUCGUGCGAGAGCGAAGGAGUCGAAGAAGAACUUCGGGUUAAUAUUCAAAGCGAGGCUACGUUGUCUUCGCAAAGAAUAGCUGCACAAAAAUCAUUGAAUGUAUCGUACGAGUUGUUAUGCAGUAAAUGUGAUGCAUUGUUAUGCACCUCAAAGGAUAUCAAGACCUACAAAAAUUCGCAAUAUUGUGUUUGUGAUCCAUCGUUUUGGUCGAAAACAUUCAAAGAGAAGAUAAAUGAUCCUGACGCACAGGCUAAAUUUGGAGGCAUUGCGAAGGUAAGUGCAAUUUUUACGCGUUCAGAAACGAAACAAAGGCUGAAGUUUAGACAUCUUUGCGAUAGCCUUGGUAGUUCCCACUUGAACCAGAGAGUGAGCUUAUUUCACACAGGCCUGGUGCCGUUUUCCCCACACAGAUGGGUUGGUAAGCCUGGCGCGUGGCGCAAGUUGGACCGUUCGCGCAAUGACCGGUAUCACUACCACUGCACCAACGGCUCUGAAUAUCUGACUUAA